AUGGCCCAGCAGCAGCCUCUUCACCUUGCACUGGGAGAACUGGUCAUGGGCUCACGGCCUGGCAUAGCUCCAUCCACCACAGUCUCCUCCACAGGAUGGGGACAGACGGGAGGGAAGCCCAGGAGGACGUGGAUCCUGAAAGACAGAGCUCGCCCAGCGACCUCCCAUCCAGGCCUGCAGCUCACUGUGGAGCAGGUGGAGCCCCUGAUCUGUAGCAGGCUGGUGAACAUCCAGGCAGCCCUCAGGGCAGCAGAUCCUAACGGGACAGGUCUGGUGAGCAAAGAGGAGUUCAGACGGGUCCUGAAGAACCUGCUGUCUGUCAGCCAGAACCAGCUCAACUCUGUCAUCAGUGAGAUCGGAGGCAACCUGAGGACUGUGAUCAGACUGUUCCGCCUGUUUGACUACAACCGAGGAGGACACAUCCAGCAGCAAGAGUUCCGCCGCAUCCUGGACAACUACUGCACCCGCCUGACAGACAAGGAGUUUCACAGAUUGUGGAACCACUACAGUCCCAAUAACGUGACCAUCAUUAACUACGAAGUGUUCCUGGACAAGCUGGGCUUUGGCGACAGCUUCAAGAUUGCUCCAGUCUGCACUAAGCUCGUGUGGCGAGCGCUGCAGGCCUUCGACACCACCCGCUCCGGCCUGGUGAAACAGGAUGUCCUCAGGGCUGUUCUGAGCAGCUUUAUAUUUCCCAUGAACCCUCUCUCCUUUCAGAAACUGACCGGCCGCUACGGUGUGCGAGCAACAGGACCGGUGAGGUGGAAACACUUCUUGGGUCAUUUCAUGAGCCCGCUCAGUGGAAAGGAAGAUGCGAAUCGUCACGAUGACAGGGCCUCUGAGCGGGCUGCCCCAGAUGUGGACAAGUUGAAUUUGCACACCAUUUAUCCUCAUCUGAAAGAGAUCCUCCGAGUCCAAACCACGGAGGCCGGCUGCAUCUCCAGAGCAGACCUGCGAUAUUUUGUGGAGCGACCAGGUGGGACUUCCCAGCCUCGCCUUCCCCAGUCACAGAUCAGAGAGCUGCUCAAUGUGCUGGACCCAGAACACUCUGGUGUAAUCCAGCUGACCCGCCUGAAGAGUCUCCUAUCCAGCAUCGCUUCUGAUCACCUGGACAAUGUCGACCCGACUGCCACCCCUGCAGAGACCCCGUUCAUCCACGAGGACACAGAAGACGCUGCUGAGGAGCAAAACACAGCGGAUGAGAAGCAGACCACACAGUGGGCUGAUGGAGUGUCUGUGGCAUCUGCUUCAUGGAGAACAGUGGAGGGUUUGCUGCUGGACAGGCUGUGUGAGCAGCUCAGCUCAGUGCUGGCAGCUCUGAAGCUGUAUGACCCUCAGCACACCGGACACGUCACACAGGAAGAUCUGAAGGAGGUUUUAAGCUGCUAUGGCAUGCCCAUUUCAGACGCACACUUCAAAAAACGACAGUGGAGCUCUUCCAGCCAGCGGACCGGCCUGGACAGCUGUAACAUCCUGGACGUGGUUUUCCAGAGGAUGAAGUUGAGAUUAGAGCAACGUCACACCAGCCUGAGGAGCCGCAUUCAGGCCGUCAUUCACAGAGCUGACGAAGCCGAACUGUCAGAGGCAGAUGUUCGGAAGAUACUGGAGGACACCUGGGUCAUCCUGGAUGAUAAGCAUUUCAGCAGAUUCACAGAAACGCUGGGCUUCAGGGACGGCCGGAUCGAGCGCUCCGUGUUCCAAGCGAAGUACGAGGAGGCCACAGCCGGAGACCACCUGCAGGGCUCCAAGCUGAACCCCGUCCUCACCUCUGCUGAGCAGUGCCUGGCCGCCAUGAAGACCAGGAUCAUGAGCGUCCACAGGGACAACCUGACGGCGUUCCGGCUGAUGGACAGGAGGCGUAAAGGUGUGGUCGACUGCCACGGUUUUAAAGCUCUGUACGACAGCCUGGGGUUCUUCUGCAGUCAGGAUGAGUACCAGCGGCUGCUGGGUCUGAUCGGCCUGCAUCCUGGAAACAACCUCAACUACGCAGAAUUUGUCAGUGUUGUUGAAAAUGGUGGCAAACGACAGACACAAGCAGCGAGUGUACAGCAGCAGCUCCAUGAACUUCUGGCCUGUGAAGCACGGUCCAAGUGGGCAGACAUGUCUAAGGUGCUCUGUCAGUUUGACCAAGACGGCCAGGGUCGGAUCUAUAAAAAGAGCUUAAGGGGACUCCUCUUCACCUACGCUCUUCCCAUGAAAUCCAACGAGUUUGAAGAGUUUUGGUCGAGGUAUGACCAAGAGGGGCGGGGCUCUGUAGAAGUCUGUGACUUUCUGGAUAGGCUGUGUCUUCAUCAUGAUGAGGAACUGAGGUCUGAGAGCCUGAAGCUGAACCAAACUGUUGUCCAGCAGGAUGCUGACAAGCCAGUGUCCUCUGAAGCCACCUCGCUGGAGCAUAUAGAGCAGGUUGUGCAUGAGAACUACAGGAAGCUGAGCGACGAGCUGACUCGACUGGGAACCCAGAGAGACGGAACAGUGACGGUGGAGGAGCUGCUGAGCCUGUUACACGCCUGCAGCUGCUGCAUUCAGAGAGAGCAGCUCGUAGAUCACCUGCACAGGCUCAGGGUUUCCAUGGAUGAUAGCUGCAGGAGGCUUUCUUACCUGGACUUUCUGUCUGCAUUUGACCGUAAAGCAGAGGAGUGUGAGCGUCCUCCUGCCUCCCCUGAUGCUGUGCACCACAUGGAGUCUCUGGACAGCCUCAGUCCAAACAUGGCUCUGGCAUUCUCAGCUUUCGACCGGAGUGGAACCGGGGCGGUCAGAGCUCUGGACUUUCGUCAGGUGCUGGAGAACUUUUGUGCUCGACUGUCUGAUAAACAGUACAGAUACAUGCUGACCAAACUGGAGCUGGAUGCCGACACCUGCACGGUUCACUGGAAGGAUUUCCUCAACAAGUUCCAGUUGCAGAGCCCACAGUCUGCCCUCCAGUGCAGCUCCAGGCGUCCUGCCUCGGUGGGGAGGCCGGAAACAGGAAGCCCGCUGGGCAGCAUGGAGAGGAGGCUGCGUGGGGCGGUGCAGCGCUGCUGGAAGGAGAUCCAGAGGAAGUGCAGUGAGCUAGAUCCUCAGCGAGAGGGCUGCAUCAGUGCUGCCUCCUUCCUGGGGAUCCUCCAGGCUCUCAGUAUUAGGAUGACUGAAGAGCAGUUCGAACAUCUGGCUGUGAAGCUGGACAUCAUGAAUAAUGGCCAUGUUUCUUAUCACAACUUCCUUCGUCACUUCCUCCUGAACCUCAAACCGGCAGAGACCCAGAGGGCGUUUGAACGACGAAGGCUUCCUCUUCCCGUUGAAUCGCUAUUAGAGAGAGCUCAGCGUGGCGGCAGGCAGCGAGGGACUGACAGCAGACCUCCCACCCAGACCCAGCCUCCUGGCGUCACCCAGCUUCUGCAGCAGAUGCACUCACUGGUCUCAGGCCACUUGUAUGAAAUCACCAGAGAGCUGACGGACUUGGACCCCUGCAGCAGCGCCACAGUGUCCAAAGAGCACUUCAGACAGAUUUGUGAUCGCCACCACCUGAGACUCACAAACGAUCAGUUUGAGUGUGUGUGGAGUCAGAUGCCUUUGAAUGAGCAGAGGAAGCUGCAGUACCGAGAGUUUCUGAAGCGGUUUGGUGCACUGGGCGCUGAACGGUCACCUGAGCCGACCAGAGAAACACAGCAUGGAUGCUCGGAUGCUGGAGGUUCCACUGUGCACCGCACCAAGAUGAGCCUGGGGCUCCUCAGCACAGACUGUGUGAAGGUCAUGCUGAGGAUCUACGAGACCGUUCGCUCAUCCUGGACGUCCAUCAGGCGCUGCUUCCUGACAUCUGACCGCAACCGCACCGGAAGCGUCGCUGUGCAGGACUUUAGAAAGGUGCUGCACCAUUUCAGCGUGAGUUUGUCGGAGGAGGAGUUCUUCCACCUCAGUUCUUAUUUUGAUGACAACACCACGGGGAAGAUCUGCUACAACAGCUUCCUCUGGACGUUCCUCCACUGA